AUGCGAUGCGCGAGCAAGGCCGCCGAGAGCGCGUCCGCACGUCUCUGUGCGGACGCCGAAGCAGAAACCACAGCAACUGAUGUCUCAUCGGUUGCUGAAGCGACCCAGCCUGUGUCACUUGGUGAUGCAGGCGCUGUUCAUGAAGGCACUCAUGUCUUCACAGAGUAUGAGCUCGGUGUCUCAUACUAUCCUGAUACGGAAGACGGAUCCGUAUCGACGGCGAUCGAAUCCAAGCCGCCUGCCAAGCGUGGCAUGGAUGAUGUUAUGCGUCGUAGCAUCUUUGGUUCAUACGAUGAAUCAGAUGAACCAUCGCCGAAGCGAAGGCGCUCGAGGUCGCGAGACUCGGGCGCUAGCAGUGGUGUCGAUUCUCCUAUGGACACCACUUCGCAACGAGGUGCCAGUCCUUCUGUCGGCACGUCGCAGGAAGAGCGGGACCGCAAUGUCUUGCGUCUCGCUCCUGAGAAGAAGGCGUGGAUGCCUUCUAAAUCUGUCAUGGAUCACUUGUCGGCGACGACGAGUGAUCGUUAUCGAACACGGUUGUUCGAUUCGUCAAGGAUCCAUCACCUUGACCCCAGCGCGAAAAACUAUCGCGCUGAGAAUGAGUUCUUCAUCGAUGCUUUCUUUAGACAUCGAUGGUACAGUGGGAAUCACAAGCGUGAUGGUCCCUCACUACUUCAAGCGUGGAACGCCUACAUCCAUAACCUUGGGGAUGUAGGUCGUGACGCUUGGAACGACAAACUUAUCAAAGCUCGUGAUAAGUUUGAAAAGCGAACCCUGACAGGUGCACGCUACAAGCUGCAUCGUCUGUCUAAGGAGGGUGGGUUACCCUGUCUCUCUUGGGGAGACUCGUGCCCAUGUUGUGUGAACAACUCUGCACGAGCACUUAAGGAGGCUUACCUCCUUACUAGCCCGUGGUGGCGCGUACGUAUCUCUACUGAAAUGUACGAAGGGAUUGACAGCCUGAAAUCCCUUUACGACCGUGCCGGGAAGACUUUCUCCGGCGGUCAUUCUGCGGCACAGGAUGUGCCACGUCGUACUGCUCAACUAGACCCAGUACGUCAACAAUCAGUUGGGAGCGGGGCUCCCAAGUAUCCCAGGACGGGGGAUAGCCGCGCCACCGGACGAGAUAACUCGUCCGACGUCCGUUCACGUCGCGGUGGUUCAUCAGCUGCUCAACUAGAUAGCGCUGGCCACCGCGAGAGUUCCUCUAAUGGAGGUGGAGGAGGAGGAAAGGCGCUCUCCACACGAUCGUGGGGAUCCGUGUGUUCCCGAGAGCUUCUUUGA